UACAGGGCUCUGCGAAACCGUGUGUGUGAAGUCGGCGGCUGGCAGGACAGGGAUCCAGGGUGGACUGGUCCGCGAGGGAGCCCCGUCCCCGAACAGCCGGAGGAGGCCACCUGGAGGGCGGACAGAGGCAGGGAGGGCCAGCAUGCCCCCAAUGCUGCUCCCCGCCCUGCCGCUUCUCCUGGGCGCCACGCUGACCUUCCGGGCAGUCCGGCACGCGCUCUGUCGCCUGCCCCUGCCCGCUCACGUGCGGGCAGACCCCCUGCGGACCUGGCGCUGGCACAACCUGCUCGUCUCCUUCGCGCAUUCCAUUGUGUCAGGGAUCUGGGCGCUGCUGUGUAUAUGGCAGACCCCUGAGAUGCUGGUGGAGAUUGAGAAAGCAUGGUCGCUCUCUGGCUACCUGCUUGUUUGCUUCUCCGCAGGGUAUUUCAUCCACGACACGGUGGAUAUCGUGAUUAGCCAUCAGUCAAGAGCUUCUUGGGAAUAUCUCGUCCACCACGUCAUGGCUAUGGGUGCCUUCUUUUCAGGCAUCUUUUGGAGCAGAUUUGUUGGUGGGGGUGUCCUAACACUGCUGGUGGAAGUCAGCAACAUCUUCCUCACGAUACGCAUGAUGAUGAAGAUCAAUAAUGCCCAGCAUCUCCUUCUCUAUCGGGUCAACAAAUACAUCAACUUGGUCAUGUACUUCCUCUUCCGCCUGGCCCCUCAGGCCUACCUCACCCAUCUCUUCCUGGGUUACGCAGGCCAGAGGACCCUGGGAACCUUUCUGCUGGCCAUCCUGCUCAUGCUGGAUGUCAUGAUCCUUGUCUACUUUUCCCGCCUCCUCCGCUCAGACUUCUGUCCCCAGCGCAUCCCCAGCCACCAACACAAAGACAAGUUCUUGACUGAGUGAAAAAGCAGUUAGGGAUUUGUGGCAAGGACAACAAACACCGCCAAGAACAGCCUCACAGGAAUGGAGAAGAGGCUUAGCCCCUCGCCUGAGGUGUUCUCUUGGGGCCAGCCUCUCCACCAAGCCUGCUCCUGCUAUUUAAAACACUAAUGAAAGAAUGUCUCUGAAGUCCUUGUCCUUUCUGGGGCAAGGGGUGAGGGAAGCAGACAGACCGGUUGGACGAGGUAGAUGGGUGUGGGGUGAGGUGCUACUGCAAAGCCAGCCAAGCCACACAGCCCUAAAAUGGAUGCUAAUGGAACCUCUGGAUAUUGGUCUCAUACCAAGCCUCUUCCAGAUAAAGGAAGGUGUUCUUGUAAAGCUUCUUGCUUGGUCUCUUACCUCCAGGAUAGAGGUCAAGUUGUAGCUGUCCUAGGACAACCAAUUCUAAUCUGGGUCAUAAAUCUCUGGUGCAAGU